GGGCAGGACCACCUAACACGUGUGCCCAACCCCCAUUUCCAUCCUCUAAACACACACACUGUUCCUCACACACCCUCUUUCUCUUUGACUUUUUUCCAGUGUCUCUCAGAACUCUAGAUUCAGGAGUUCCAAGAGAUUCAGCAAGUUUCAUUCAGAAAUCUGAAGACAUCAUGAAGUUGGAACUGCUGCUGCUGUUUGCCCUGGCUGGGUCUUUUUGUACCAUCACGCAUGCAAGUACUCUUGUGGUACCUUCAGAAGUGUACCUGCAAACGACGACAGGGGAUACUGUGUCCACCAAGGCUACAGACACAAUAAGUGAGGGGAAAGAUGCUUUAGAUGCAGCUGUCACCGAAGCAUUACCAUCAGAAGAAGCACCAGCUGAUACUGAAGUUGCUGUACAGAAAACAGAGGCACCAUCACCUCAUAGUGAAGUUCCUGAGAAGAGCACAGAGGCAUCAAGUCAUAAUGAAGGUCUUGUAACUGAAACAGUGGGACCAUCAUUUCCUAAUGAAGCUACAGUGGAGCAAACAGAAGCGACAUUAGCUCAUACUGAAACUUCUGCAGAAAAGCCAGAAACAACAGCAGGAGUUACAGAAAGUCCAGCAGAAAACACGAUGGCAGAGGAGACUGCAGAAACAGAAAGUACACCUGAAAUGGAACCUGAGGCAACUAAAAAAUCUGAAGUUUCUGAAACAACGCUGAUAGACACAGCUGUUGAGCCAGGAUUAAAAACUGACCCCCAUGUGAUUGAAACAGAGAAAGAUGAGGUGGAAGUGGAGGACUCAGAUGGUAUGAGCACUGGUCAAGUGGUGGGCAUUGUGUUUGGUGCACUGGUUUCUGUGGUCAUCAUCAUUGCAGUGAUUGUCGUGGUGGUCAGGAGGAUGGGACAAUACUCCCCAUGAAAAGGAAGGCAGUAUGACAGGAAGAAAAGAAGAAGAAGUUCUGGAAAUUCUGAACUACUGAACUGAUGUAAUUUCCUGUCAUUAAAUAAGCAAGCUAGGAGCACUCAACAAUUCUAACAAUCAAGAACUAUUAGGACAGCAUCCUGCCUACUCCCAACCUUAGCCAUUUGGACACUCUGCCCUUCCCCCAUCACUGUACACCAUACCCCACCUGCCCCACCCAAAUUACCUAUAACUCCCAACACUGCCAAAGAUUAAGACAGGGAAUAAAGAAGGAAGAAUUGGAGUGUGCCAAAUAUAGGGUUAACACAUCUGGGUUUUAUGAGGACUUAAUUAACAAACACAUUAACAACCAACAAAUACAAAAAAAAACACUAAAAUUUCUUUUUAAAUAAUGGCGAGGGAUGAGGUAAAGUAUGGAAAUGCGAAACAGUACAAUGUGUAAAUAACACAUAAAUUGUCAUAACUCAACAGCCUUAACCUUCUCUCUUUUUUUAUUCAUUCUAUGUUUCUAAAGCAUUCAUGCACACACACUAGCAGUCCUUGAAUCUGUAUGCACAUUUAGUUUCUUGUAGCAUGACAACAUUAACAUCCUGCAGUAGUAUGACGCAUAAAAGACAACUUAUAACCAGAUUAUAGACAGAUUAUAAAUGAACUGUAACCUGUUGUAAGAUGUCCCAAGCAGAUUCUGUCAGGACAAAUUGGUCUUUUAUGCUAUCUUUUAUGCAUAUAAAACCUUGACAGAACAUUAACAGAAAGGCUAGCAGCUCUCAUCAUUUUCUAUGUCCAACUCUUUCAGUUCAUUAAUGUGAAUUUGAAUUGACGUGGCUGCUCUUAACAGACUCCCUUUUAGCAGUAAUCACAUCAUAUUUACUUUGCUUUACAGUAUAAGGCCAGUGUGAAUGCUGCUCAAAGUUUUAAAACCAGAGUAAUUCUUGGAAAUUUUGUUCAAUCUGGAAAACAUUUAGGAACCUUAGAGACACUCGGUCUCAUCAGCCUUUUACAUCAUGUGGUCUGGCUACCAGACUUGUGUGUUAACCUCAGGUUCACUGGACUAGAAGUGGCUCUUUUUGCUGUGUAAUUAAGGGGUGUGUGAUUUGCUGUGCUUGCUUUAAUAUGUGCACUGACUGACAAACAAUGUUCAAUGUAAAAGGGUUUGAGACACUGCAACUAUUUGCAACGAUGCCUUUUUUAUGCUUAGCCUAUAUGCCAGAUCCUCACUUUACAGUCUGCUGUCUGUCAUUUUAUUUAAUUGCAGUGUUUUUUCCUUUUUGAAUGUUCAUACUGUUUCAAUAAAAAAGUGAAAAUUGA